CAAAUACAUUAAAUUAUGUAUCCCUUAAAUUUAGAAUUUAUUGUUUUUUUCACAAACUUUAAGGGAUUAGUGAUAGUGGAUAGAAUUUUUUAAUUGUUAAUUAUCUAUUUGUUUAGUAGGAUGUGACUACUACAAGCUACGGUAAGAAUUUAAGGCAGACGAAUAUGACGAAACAAGGCGAAGGGUCUGACCAGAUUCUACUACUUGCGAUUAGGAUAUCCGUAAAACCUUUCUUCACCGUUUGUAAAACUCAACUUUAGUCAGAAAUAACUAAACUCCACUUAUCAAGUGAUGGAUAUCGAAGCAAUUGAAGAUACGGAAAGCUUUAGUGAGUUAAACUAUGGAGGCAGUGGAUUUCCCUUGAACCAAGAACCCAUUAUUAUCCGAGGAUGUGGAAACAUUACAGUCUUUGGUCUUCAUAAUCGUUUUAAGACAGACUUUCCACCUUCCCUUUUGGCUCGUGUCGCUCCUGAAGAAUUUAAAGGAACGGUUGAAAAAGUCAAUUCAAUUUUGGGUCACAGCCUUCCCUUGCAGAUGAAAUGGGUUAUUUUCGGGUGUUUCUGCUGCUGUUGUACGUUAGGAUGUUCAUUUUGGCCUGUGAUUUGCCUAAGUAAGAAAACUAAAUUAUCUGUCGAAAAGCUUCUCGAGUGGGAGAAUUCUCACCUUUAUAGAAGACUUGGAUUAAAGUGGAAGCUCACUCAGGGGCACUUAGACUCGGCCAUGUUAGAAUACGUGAUUCACAUUGAGUUUGUGCCUAAAUACCAGCUUUACGUUCCGGAUUGAUAAUCAGCUAUAUAGAAAGUACACUAUAUAUAAACUGUCACCAUCAUCACUCACUCGGUGCUUCGUUUCGUUUAAUUAAAUACUUGAUAUUUGAUUAGCAAGAUAGUUAAGCUAAAUUUACAAAUAGUCUUUGAGUUAUUCAAAUCGCCUCUCACCAUUGUUGACGCGGAUCAAUCAGAUAUAACUUAAUGUUCAAUCACGAGAUUAUUUUGAUUAUUAUUAUUAUUACUACUAACAGACAAGCAAAAUACGCAAGGCCAUUGUUUCGCGAAUUUGUGUGAAAGUGUAGUUUAUAAACAUUACAAGCAGUUAAACUGCAUGAACAAAGUGUGUCAGUCAGAGACUAACAUAAUAACAAAUUAAGCUUAAAU